UGGACACGAAAUUGGAUUUCUGAUGUUGACUAUGGCCAAGGUUCCCUGCCUUCCCUGACCCAGAGAAUGGAGCGCUGUGACACCGGGAACAUGCCCAGUAAUCAGUCACGGGAUGGCUCUCCAUACCAUUCUCUGUAGCAAGACCUGCUACUCAAGUUAAAGAUGUGCAAGUAUAGUUUGUGUUGAGCUAUAUAGGUCAGUGGUGUGGACUGAUAAAUAUAUAGAGGUAGAUAUCAUUUAUGUGGGAGCACAAUAUAUUAUACCGUAUUUUGAUUCAAUAAAAACUGAUGUUAACUAAUCCAGCUUGGAUUGUUUUAUUCAUAUUGCUCAUAAGGGAAUAAGAAUAUAAAACAUGUUUUUAAUAAAGCUGGUUUAGUAGGGAUGCUGUUACUCUUUUGUGAUUUUAGUUUCUCUAAAAGCAGAAUUUAUUCCUCUGUCACUCACAUUUGUCUAUAAAUGUCUCCCUCCCCUGUGUCCAGUGUUUUCUCAGGGGGAAUGAGGGCCUGUUCUAUUUACUUUUUGUAUCCCAGAGGAGUGUCACGCACAUCCAGACACCAAGGUCAAGAGCCCAUAGCCAAGAAAGAGAUUUGUUUGUGCAUUUCGAAUUGUAUGGUCCUUUUUGGACCAUCUUUUUGACUUAAUUGUGGAAACUGACUGCAGACCAACCUCGCCCUAACCAACAAGGCUCCUAAAUUAAUGUUUUAUUUCACUGGAUGAUGAGGACUGGGAAUUCGAAAUAUAUGCAGUUGCGGAUUGUGGAAAAUACACUGCAGUCAUUGAAAAUGUACCUAAAUAAAUGAUGAACGAAAGCGUUAAGUGUUCCUCAGCAGAACCAGAGGUUCGCCAAUGCAUCAGCGUUUGGGUUUGGUUUGAGUUUGACUACUAAAAUGAACCGUGGAUUAGGUCAAAUACUUUUAUUUUGAAAGGAAGGACUUUCCAACCGGAAACGAAUCAUUCAUUUCCGGGUUUUCACACAUGCAUGAGGAGCUGCCGUGCUAGCAUAAUAACCAAUUUGUUAGUCGCUUAUUUCUUCUACUCGCCAGGAUGCAGAUAUGCAGUGUUUGCAGCGAACAUACACCAAAAUACAAAUGUCCAGUUUGCAAAAUAAGAUAUUGUUCACUUGGCUGUUAUAAGAGGCAUAAAGACACUUGCUUACCUGUUGAGCAGCCUGCACCUAUUGAUCCCGAAGCUACGGAUUCUUUCAACACUGAGACGUGGACUGUUGAGGAUCUUCUGCACGAAGAGGACAUCGUUGACGAAGCGCCUCUGCAGAGGCUCAAGCUGUUAGGUCAGUCAAAAGAGCUACGAGAUCUCCUUUGCAACCCCCAUCUGAGACAGUUGCUGCGCUCCAUUGACGGUGCAGACAGCAAAGACGACGCUAUGAAGGCCGCCAUGCAGGAGCCUCUGUUUGUUGAAUUUUCAGAUCGGUGUUUGAAAAUUGUCGAAAAUGAAGCCAAAUCAUCCAAUGGGGCUGGUGUUUUGUAAAAUUGUGCCGGCAUUAGUUUGUCUAUCGGAUCACUUGUGAUUAUAUUUUUGUAUAAAGUCUCUGAAUUAUUAGCAUGAAGUUUAGUUCCUGUAAUUUGUGUUGAUACAUCCUCCUGUCCUGUGCCUUGUCAUGCUACAGUAUGUAUGUAUGUAGUGUUCAAAUAAAUGCUGAAAUAUUUUUAAACAAUAUCACUACCCGAGUCAACACUAAAGGCUUUACAGGGCUGUGAUGAAAAGUCACUUGUGGAACAGCUGAUCACAUGUAAACAAAGUUUAAGGUGAAAGGAAAAUGUAUCUUACAUUUUUAUUAACAUUUAUUUCAAGGAAACGUUCAUUUAAAUAUUAACAUUUCAAGAUAUACAUUAAUCCCUUGGUACCACUGACAAUAGUAUACACUUCAAAUUAAACUGUUAUCAAUGACACAUUUGAGUGAAUCUAAAGCUGGAAAAAGGUUAAGAGCAAAUGACGAUAUGAAAGGAGUCAACAGCCGUCUGUGGGUAAUGCAUAGGGUCAAAACCUAGGAUAACAAACAUGCUAAGUUACAUAAUAAACUAACAUUAAUUAAAGCAGAAGAUGUUUUGCAUAUUAAAAUUACGAAUACAGUAAAACUUGAUGGCUAUAAUGGCGUGAGUUCUCACAUACGAAACAAGUGUAAAAAGACUUUGGCAUGUAAUACAGUACUUGCAUUAAUGCUUUGAACUGCAGCAGAUUAAAAUCCACACAAUGUGGCUUAGGCAAAUAUUUUAGAUGUGUUUAUAUAAAAAAAACUAUAUCUAACAAAAAAGCAGCAAUUUGAAUAAACCUGGGUUCAUCCUUUCCCUGUUUCACACAAGUGAUGUCUUCUCGUUCAUGUCUGCUUGUUGCUGUAUGUGAGCAGGUCUGUGGCUUUAAUGUGCAAUAUGUGCUUUACAUGUGCAAUACUUGCU